CUUCGGUCCACGAUGGAGUCCUCUCAGACCCUCAUACAGACAGAGUCGAGGGUCCAGAGGAGCUACCAGGAGGUCCAGGUGUCGGAACAGCGGCAGGUCAAGAAGAAGAAGUCAAUGAGGAGGCAUAAGGACGAGGGGACUAUUUCUGUAUCCAAGAGCUCAUCCAAGCUCCACAAGAAGAUGCAGGCCGCCGACGAGAACCCCCAGUGCGCUGCCUGCUCGCGCCCCGUCUACGCCAUGGAACGCAUCAAAGCGGAAAAACGUACGUGGCAUAAGGAGUGCUUCCGCUGUACGCAGUGCAACAAGCAGCUCACUGUGGAGACAUACCAGAGCGACCACACCACUCUCUACUGCAAGCCGCACUUCAAACAGCUGUUCGAACCCAAGCCCGUCGACGGAGACGACCAGACAGACGCGGCGCCUCCUAAGAAACACCAAAUGAUUAUUUGCGAAAGCAACCCCAUCGAGCUACCCCCUGAUGUCGCUAGAGCAUCAGACAAGCCAGACCUCGGUCUGGAGGAGCUCUCGCAGCUCGACGUGAAGUCUCGCUUCGAGGUCUUCGAAAAAAAGAACGUGGCUGAGGACCCAGCGCCCAGAGAACCGAGGGCUCCGAGAGAAAAGAGCACCGCACUGCUGUCCAAGCUGGCCAAGUUCAAAGCUAAGGGCAUGGAUGUGGGCGUGUCCGACGAGUACCUGAACGGUAUUCCGGUGGAGGCCAGCUCCAGCGAACCCGAAGAUGAGGAUGACGAAGACUCAAUCCUCAAGAACUCGUACAAGGCCGCUAACGGCCGCGAGCAGCCCGUCUCCUUCUGCAACAUGAGCGAGAUAGUCGGCAAGUUUGAAACGGGACAGCACAACAGCUCAGAGCGCACGCGCGAGAGGAAACAGGAGAUACAGAAUAUCCGCAGCAGGCUUUUUAUGGGCAAGCAGGCUAAAAUCAAAGAGAUGUACGAACAAUCCGUCAUGCAGAGCGAACAAGGUGUAACAUCGGCGGAUAAGAUCGCUCGCGAGCUAGAGUUGGACUCGGAGAAGUCCCGAGCGAUCAAACAGCGCUUCGAGAACGGCGAGGUGUUCAAUGACGAGAACCAGCCCCCGAGGAACCGGGAGAUUGAUGACCAGGCGCUCUUUAACGAAGGCAUCGGCAAGAAGUCCCGUUCCAUAUUCCUGGAGCUGGACGCGAAUGCCAAGAACUUGACGCCGACAUCGCCGCCGCCGCAAGAAGUGCCCAGGAGGAAGGAGAUUCCCUUCAUACCCAAGGACGUAGUCCGCGCCGCAGACAAGGUGGAAGAGGUCCACAUCCAGACCGCCGACAUCACAGACCGGUUCAAGUUCUUCGAGACCUACAAGCCGGAGCAGACCCGAAAGGAGUUUCGCAUGACCCCACCCAGGCAGACGCAGCGCGCCAAGUCCCCGUCACCCGAGGUGUACCACGAGCCCAGCGUGGUGCGCAGCGAGCAAGCGGCGCCCGACACGGGGCUGGCCGCCACCAGACACACCGCCUCGCGCAUGAUCAACGUGUUCCGCCAGCUGGAGGAGCAGCGCCAGCCCGAGCAUCAAGGCCCCAAACCCCUCAAGUGCUUCACCCCCCCUCCGCCCGGCGAGGAGACCCACCAGGGCCACAGCUCCGAGGAGUACACGGAUGAGGAGUAUUCAGAUGAGGAUAGUGAGGAGGAGCGCCAGAGGUUCUACACCGAGGCCCGAGAGAGAGACGAGGCUCUCAAACAGGCCCAGCAACUGGCCCGCACCAAGAGCUUCCGCGACCGCUUCGAGAACUGGUCCGAGUCCGAACCCGGGAGACAAGUCGGGCAAGUCGUCAUAGAGCGCGACGACGACGGGGAGUCGCAACUCGAGACAGCUAAAAGCUUGCGUGAGAAGUUCGAAGCGUUGCAGGUGCAACAGUCUAGCGUGACGAAGACGUUCGCGCCUAGAGUCAAUAGAUUUGUGUAACCAUGGAGUGAUAUCGCGAGAGCCGUCGAUUGCCAAAGCCUUACGUUUUAACCCUGUUUUAAAGUUGUAAAGUCUCGUAUUGCCAAUAUCGCAGAAAAUAUAAUGUAACUGAUGACUCGUUUUCUUUACACAUUCAUAAGAAAGACGU